GAUAUUACAGAGUCUUCUCCCUUCGACUAUAUUUCAUCAACUUGGGAAAUGCCACGGAACGAGUCCACAUUUUUUUUACAUUUUGCGCCACUAUCUGUGAUGUUAUGUUUUAUUUAUAUAAGAAAGCUUAUGUGAAACUAUAACAGUAAAAUGAAGCUAACGAACAGAAAUAUCGAUAAAAACAAUGCAGGGUCAGUGACCCUGGUUCCAGAAGAAUCUGAAGAUAUGUGGCAUACAUAUAAUCUUGUUUCAGUUGGGGACACUAUUCGCUCGACCACAAUCAGGAAAGUUCAAAAUGAGUCAGCUACAGGGAGUGUGAGUGUAAAUAAAGUCAGGACAACUCUGACUGUACAGGUGGAGGGGAUAGAUUUUGAUACCCAGGCUUGUGUGCUGCGCGUCAGUGGCAGAAAUAUACAGGAGAAUCAAUAUGUGAAGAUGGGAGCCUAUCAUACUUUGCUUUUGGAGAUGAACAGACAAUUCACCCUCUGCAAGCAUGAGUGGGACAGUGUCAGUCUUGAAAGGAUAGAAAUGGCUUGUGACCCGGUCCAGCACGCAGAUCUGAUGGCUAUCAUCAUGCAGGAGGGGAUCGCACAUGUAUGCUUGGUGACCCCCAGCAUGACGCUGGUCAGGGCAAAAGUAGAGACUAAUAUACCAAGGAAAAGGAAGGGCAUGUGUGACCAGCACACUAAGGGUCUACACAGGUUUUAUGAUCAGAUCAUCCAAGCUUUCCAGCGCCAUGUUAACUUUGAUAUUGUGAAGUGUGUUCUUAUAGCAAGUCCUGGAUUUGUGAAGGACCAAUUUGCUGACUAUUUAUUUGCUCAAGCUGUCAAGAUGGAUGACAAGUCUAUCAUCGACAACAGGUCAAAGUUUGUUCUGGUGCAUUCUUCUUCAGGGUUCAAGCACUCUUUGAAAGAAGUGUUAGCUGACCCUAGCAUAGCUGUGAAGCUGGCUGACACCAAAGCUGCAGGUGAAGUGAAAGCAUUGGAUGACUUCUACACCAUGCUGCAGACUGAUCCUGAUAGGGCUUAUUAUGGUAUUCGUCACUGUGAAAGGGCAGCAGAGCAGCAAGCCAUUGAACUUCUGAUGGUAUCUGAUGAGCUCUUUAGGGCGCAAGACAUAGCCCAGAGGAAACGUUAUGUCUCACUGGUGGACUCUGUGAAGGAAAAUGGCGCGGAGGUCAAGAUUUUUUCCAGCCUGCAUGUCUCAGGAGAACAGCUGGGCCAGUUGUCUGGCGUUGCUGCCAUUUUGAGAUUCCCCAUGCCGGAGGAAGAUGAUGAAGACAACCAGGACGUGGACUCGGAUGAUGAUUAAAAGAUGAUUUUUGUGUUUCAUGAAAAGAUGCCCUGAUUGUAUAAAUCUUUAGAGCCUGCAGGAUCUUGUAUGGUUGUAACUUAUUUCUCUAUGCCAGGUGGUAGCUGAAUAACUGUCAGCCAUGAUGAAUAAAUGACCUCGCUGUAUAGCUGAGACUUUACAUAGCUGUGACCUUGUUGUAUAGCUGUGACCUCACUGAAUAGCUGAUCUUGCUGAAUAACUGACCUCUCACUGACUAGCUGUGAUUUAAUGUUACAGUUUUUAGAGAUUGUGUUGUGUUAGAUGAGUUUUGUUUUAGAAAGUUGGCAUUUAUUAUGGCUACUAUCUUUUUCAUGUUAAAUUUUCAAUGCAAUGUUGAUUUAAAACUUGAUAAAAAUGAACUUCAUUUGAAUUUGAUUUUUUAUCAAUAGCAACAUUUAUUAACUCUUUAUGUUGCCUUUUGAUCCCUACUGUUUUAGUCUUAAGGUAUUGUGUUGUUGUUUUUUUGGGUCUUAAACUAUUUGAUAAUCCUACAAUGUUUUUUGUUUAAUGCUUCACUAUAACAGGACUUAUUCCAUUUUCCAAUUAAAGAAAAAAUGUGUUCAUAGUUUUUCCUGCACUCAUGUAAUGAUGGGUCUGUCAUGAUUUAUGCAGCAUUUGUUCUGUCACCCACAGCUUCACUGUGUACGGUAAAUGUUUCAUAUAAGAAUGUAAAAAAAAGCUGUUUUAUUUCCAACUCUUGCAGGGUACACUAAAAUAUGUGUAUAAACCUAUGUAUAUUUUCCUUGUACUUGUACAUUAGAAUUCAUUUUAUUUACAUAAGCAAGGGAAGCGACUUUUAAUUUUUUUUAAAAAUGAAAUUCUUUAACUGUAAACAAAAAACUUGAAAGUAAAAUACACCUUCAUGCAUAAACUUAAUAGUUUAUUCAUAAAAAUGUAUGGCAAAUUUAUAUAAUUUCAAAAUGAAUGAAAAUGUAUACCAUUUAAACAUGUAUUUAAAUGUAUAUCCAUUAAAAAGUGUCUGUAAAUGUAUAUCAUUUUAAAAUGUCUUUAAAUGUAUAUCAUUUAAUAAUGUACGUAGAUGUAUAUCAUUUCAAAAUGUAUGAAAAUAUAUAUUGUUUGUAUGUAAAAUAAAAGAAACUAAACUAAAUUUUAAUCCCCGGUACGUACAGUUAUGUAGAUCUAAUCUUUUCUAAUAGAAUUAGAAAAUUCUUUCUUUGAUUUGUUGGAUAUCAUUGAUAUUAUAAUUACUUUUUAAAAUAUAUGACAUAUAUUUUCUCAAAAAAGUUUUGUUCAUCAUUGGGUGUGUGAAAAUAUAGAAACCAUUUUAUGUUGCAAAAAGUGUUGGUGAUUGAUGAAGAUGUAUGAUGGAAAAUGGUGGCUUUGUGAUGGAUGUUAAGAAAUUGGUUUUUUGAUUAUUAGAAAUAUGUGGAAAAAUAUUGAUGAUUUGACUGUGUGUGAAUAAAUAAGUUGAUUUGUUGGAUGAGAGAAAUGUGUGAAAAAACAUUGGUCACAGGUGGAUGUUUAAAAAUGUGUGAAAAUAUUGGUUGCUAGUGUAUGUUUAAAAAUGUGAAUGCUAAUAAAUGUAAUCAAUAAAAUGUUAAAUCAGAAAAAAAUGUAGUUAAAAUUUC